AUGCUCACACCCGGACAAAAAAUCAAAGCCAUGCUAGCUGAAUUCGACAGCGAUUCAGAAUCAGACAGCGGAAAACCGAAACAAAAACCCGCGAAAUCCAUCUUCAACACCAAUGAUACUCAACGACAGGAACCCAGCGCAGAUUCGGAUGGCGACGAUGGCAGCGAUGAGGAUGAUGAUGAUAUUGUCAUGCCCAAGGGCCGGAUGGCGGCUCGGAUGCAGGCACAGGCAGAAAAGGAUACAUCCGAGGAACCGAACCAGAAAGAAACGGCUUACGACCGCGUAUUGAAGACGAUGCGAGCUGGGAAGGAAGAGAGCAGGAAAUCGGGAAACGAUGCUGGAGAAGACGAUGCGGCGUCAUCUGAAGAAGAGGAUCUCCCCAAGGCUGGACCGAGGAGGAGACUCAAUGCAUCGAAGAAAACAGCCCAGGAAGAUGAUGCAUCGGAUCGGUCGGCGUCUCGAGAACGCUCGUUUUCUCCUAUGUUCAUGUCCUCGCCUACAGCGCAACGCACCGAAGAUCGUGAUCAGAGUGAGGAGGAUGAAUCAGACGAUGAAGCGCCACAACCUAAGGAUAAAGCUCGGUUGCGUGCGCUGGUUGCUCAGAAGCGCAAGGAGCGCGAGGAGAAGGAAAAGAUCGAAGCGGAGAAGAAGGCCGCAAAGGCAGCGCAGAGAGAGCAAUUCAGCUCCGAAGUUCUCUCUGGAGAGGACAGUGAAGAUGAUGGUGCUUCGGGGCACAAACUGACUCAAGAAUCGCGUCCUGCGCGCAAGGCCAGCAAGAAGGCCUUGGAAGAGAUGAACCGCGAGACUCAGCGAAUGAGCAGAAACAUGCAAUUAGCUCACCAGGCGCAGACCAAGAAGAAGAUCACGAAGGAGAGCUUUUUUGCACGAUUCAACUUUAUGCAGCCAGAGGAACAAAGUGCGCCAGCUCCCCCGGCGGAGAACUCGUCAGCGACUGCCGGUUCGCAAAAUUCGUCUGAUGCUGAGGCUCAGAAGAGCAAGGAAACCCCACGUACAUCGCCUGUCCUGGGGCCGUCAGAUAAACCAUCCGAUCACGAUCCUACAAAAGCCCAGCCGGCAGCAUCGACAGAAAAGGAGGCGGUCGAUGAAGAGAUGACCGAUCUUCCCAGCCUGGAGGGAGUUCUAGCUGGAUCUGCACCACCAGAGCCCAAGGCUGCGCCGCCGCAACCCGAAUCUAAAGUGACCCGCCCAGAAAAGACUAAACCCGAGCGAAAAGCGUUGACAAAACCGCCUGUUCGCGUUCUCAUGUCCCGACAAUCAGUAGCCCAGCACCAGAAAGAUGAUUCUGGUUCUGACGAUGACUUGGAGGUUGUUACAUCGCCUGGCAAAUGCCGUCGGAUUGCAGCUUUCGAAAAUCUUCCCGCGAAGAAAGCCCAGGAAUCAUCCGCCAUGUUGAAGCUGAAAGCCCUAGCUCAUAUUGGCUCCCCGACUCGACGGACGGCGGGCAUGACUCCGGCUGAGUUGUCUGCCACAUUGUUGCAUCAGGCCAGACAACAAGCAAACAAAGAGCGGAGCGAAAGAAUCGCAGAACUUAGGGCCAAGGGCAUCAUUAUCGAAACGGCCGAGGAGCGCGCAGCUAUGGAGGACGAGGUCGAGAAUCUGGUGGAAAAGGCGCGAAAGGAAGCCGAGGACAUUGCGAAGCAGGAAAGAAAAGAUGCUAAAAAGAACGGCGAAGAUGUCGACGAUGAGGAGGAUGAUGAUUAUGAACUUUCCGGUUCUGAGGACGAGGGAGCAUAUGGUGAAGAUGAAGAUGAAGAAGAGGAGGAGGUGCAUGCAGCUGCAAAGGAAGAAGGAAACGACCUGGUGGAUUCUGAAGCUGGCGAGGACGAGGGCGAGGAUGAGAAUGAGGAAGAAGAGGAUGAUCGAACUGAAGUCAUGUCAGAGGCUGGAGUACCAUCUUCGCGUCGCAAACGCCCUACCCGAGUAAUUAGUGAUGAUGAGGACGACGAGGAAGAAAUCCAGGCACCCAGAACACCCUCCAAGCCGAUCGCCCAACCAGUGAACAAUGUCGAGCGCCCUCAAAUUCCAGGCCUAGAAGGAGAUGGUAUGACCAUGGGCCUUACCCAGGCCUUCGCUGGCACGUUGGGUGCAAGUCAAGAUGGCUCUCAGCCAGAACCAUCCACUAUCCCUCUAUCAUUGCCUGACCCCGGAGCGCCAAACUUCCAGGAAUCAGACUCACAAAUGAUUGUAAAGGAUAGUCAAGAGCAGCGAAACGCGACACCUGACCUCUUCGCCGGAUAUGCCCAUUCUGAGUCCCGAGUAUCUGAAUCGCCUGCUAUGCGAGCCAUGUCGCAAUUCUCCCAACCCCCGGAGCCAACACAAGAUGCCGGGUUCGUCUUUUCACCAUUUGAUCCGUCAAAGCGCUUCAUGGGUACGCCGCACUCGACUAUCGAGACCGUUGUGGUGGGAGACCAGUCUCAGAAUGAAUCCCCGAUUGCUCACAGAAAAGGGAAGCUAUUGCGGCGGGGUCGAGCAGCCGAAGCUUCUGAGGAAAAGGAGGAAGGCGAUUUCGAGAUUGAAGCUAGUGCUUUUGAUGUCAUGAAGAAAAAAGCGAAGAAGCCGAGUACACCAUUUGACAGGAAAAAGAGCAAGGCCAAGGACGUGGUGGAAGACGCGGCCGAGGAAUCAGAGGACGAGUAUGCCGGUCUGGGGGGUGCCAGUGACGACAGCGAAGAUGAAGAAGAUGCGUACGAUCAACAGAUGAUCAACGAUAAUAGUGGAGAAAAGGUCGAUGAGAAGCAGCUGGCUGCACUGAAUGCGGUUCACGAUCGAAACACCGAUGAAAAGCAAGUGGCCAAGCUGCUCAAGGAUAUCACUACAGGAGCUCUCAGGCGGCGAAAGAAUGCGGACGACGACUUCGAUCUGGAUGACUCGGACGAUGAACUCCUUGCCCGUCGACGACAGAAACAGAGAGAAAACGCCCGUAUGCGCAAGGCACUUCUCGCCGAUGAAAAGGUUGGCGAGAUCGCCGAGAACCCCAAGAAAGCAGCAUUCUUCCGAGCCAUUGAGGACCGCGAUAUGGAUGAUGAUGUUGGCUUGGACUUCCUUGAUUAUGAAAAGGAAGGUGCCUCUCAGGAAGAACCAUCUCAAAGCUCUGAGGGACAACAGAACUCAGCAACCGACGAAAGCAACAAGAGAAAACGUCCUCUAGAGCCGUCCGCCGAAGACAUCGCCAAUCGCCCUCCACCACAUCUCCGUCGUAAGCCAGCCAGCGCCAUGUCCAAAAAGCCUGCUUCUUUGGCAGAGAUCCGGGAGACCCUUUCCUUCCUCACGGAACGGCCUGAAUACGACUCAUUCCACGAGGACGCAUCGAUGGAUGAUGCCCCUGAACAGGAAGAGCAUGAAGACGAUGAAGACCGGGAACGCAGUGAAACUCCCGACGAUAAACGGGAAACCAGCCAGUCAAAGGAAGAGUUCACCAUCCCCAGUCACCCGCGCCGCACCAAAGGCCAUGUGGUUGACCGUCUCGCUCUACUCCGACAAGCAUCAUCCAACUCGGCGACAUCCUCAUCGGCCAACUCUCGUUUUGCGUUCCAGGUUGGCUCUGGAAAUGAUGCAUCCGACAUUGGAUUCCGACCACCCUUGCUUCGAAAGACAACGACAAGCUCUUCGUCGUCCAGCACGUCGAAAUCUAGCGCACAGCGAAACCCCAAGGCACCUCCGUCUGGAGGGUCUAUGGCCAAGAAGGGCGCUGUCAACUAUUACACUGCUGCGCGGGAGAAGGAGCGCGAGAGGGAAAUCCGAUCGAAGGGUCGAUCGGGAUCGAAUGUUGCUGCGCUGUUGAACAAGCAUGCUGGGAACCGACUGGGGGCUUUGGGAGGAAAGGGACAGUGGGAUUAA